AUUCGUAGCUGAACGUUCUCUGGUACCUGGAGAGGUGAAUUCCAGCGCUGCCCGAUUUGCUCUCAUGGCAUCUAGCAUUUCGUGUGGAGUCGGACGAACCCUCUGUCCUUGCGACGGCAGUCAAGGAUCGGGACUCGAGAGAAGCCUAAGCUCACACAGACCGUGCGGCGUGUCAGUCAGUCAGUAUCGAUCUGGGAGGUGUUGUGUGAGCGUCGCCGACCUCGGCUCCUUCAGUCCCAUGGCCUUUCAGAUGUUUCUGGUAAUUGUGGUGCUGCUCUUGCAGACGCUGGUGGAUGGCCAGCUGGGCUCUGUCCACUCCCCACCAGAUUUGCCACCGUUACUGGAUCCACUCAGCUGCCCCGAGACUUACGAAAAUCAUCCUUUGAUUCUAGUGUCAGUGGAUGGUUUCCGAGCUGAGUACCUCACCCGUGGGUUAACUCCUACAAUUGAGGCCUUAGGAAGUAUGGGACUUAGGGCGCCAUACAUGAAACCUUCCUUUCCAACAAUCACAUUUCCUAAUCAUUAUACUUUAGUUACGGGUUUGUAUCCCCCGUACCACGGAAUCAUUGCAAACAAAUUCUAUGACCCGGAUUUGAAGGCUGAGUUUAGAGGUGGGAGAAGUGAGUUUUUCGAGCAGAGAUUCUGGGGAGGUGAACCCAUCUGGAAGACAGUGAGACUACAGGGUAAGAAAUCGGCUACUUUCUUCUGGCCAGGAUCGGAGACCGACGGAAACACAGGAGAUUACUGGAUCCCUUACAACAAAUCUGUCCCCUUCCAACAGCGUGUCGAUCAGGUGCUUGAGUGGCUCGAUCUACCUGCAGGCGACCGUCCUUCCUUUGUGUCUCUCUACAUGCAUGAGCCAGAUACCACAGGGCAUCGCUUCGGGCCUAACUCGAAAGAGGUGAGGAAUGCUCUUGUCUUCGUGGACUCGAUGAUCAAGCUUUUGGUUGAAGGUCUCAAGGCGAGGAAUCUCUUGUCUUGCGUUAAUUUAUUGGUUGUGGCAGACCAUGGAAUGGCAGAUGCUGGCGAUGACAAAACUAUCCUCCUCGAUGCAUUUAUUCCGGAUAUCAAAAAUCGCACCAGAUUUUGGGAUGGCGCUUUUGUCAGGAUACAACCAAAUGAUGAAUCUCAGGCAACUAAAAUGGAAAUGAUGGAAGCUCUCUCCUGCAAACUACCUGUGAUGAGAGUAUAUGAAAAGACUGCGCUUCCCAUACGAUUUCACAUUGGGAGCCAACGCCGGGUAGAAGACAUCGUUGUGGACGUCGAUCCGGGUUACUCCGUGGGAGGGGAUGCGUCCUUCAAAGCUGAUGCUGGAGAACAUGGCUACGACAACUUCUUUCCUGUAAUGAAUGCAAUGUUUCUGGCAUAUGGUCCUGACUUCCAAAACCACAUUGAGGUAGAGGCUUUCCAGAACAUUGAACUCUACAACCUGAUGUGCCAUUUAUUAGAUGUGAAACCAGCUCCCAACAAUGGUACAUGGGGAGCUCUUCACCAUAUUCUCGCUCAUCCACCGCCAUCUCCUCUCCACCCAGGAUAUGAGAGCCUGCUCCCUGUGGCAGGAUUACCACGGAAAGAAGACAUUGCAGAUUACCUAGGAGAGGGUGACUGUGAGGGAGACCAGAGAGAGGCAACCAUAGGAGAGUGGGUAAACAUCCUUUUCAGCUCACAGAAAAAUGUGCGCCAGCUACUCGCUGAUCACUUGCCAUGGGGCCUACCUAGGAUGGGGCCACUGAGCGAUUCAGCAUUAUUGAUGGCGCAGCCUGAUUUUUUAACGGCUUAUUCGACUGCGUUCAAGAUGCCUUUGUGGACUAGCUUCACUGCAUCAGGACCACAGAAAGGUAGUCGACUUGUUCGCUGGCGAAGUGACAUCAGACUGGGAUUAGAUGAAAUGACCCCUUGCUCUAGCUACGACGCUCUUCGACCUUACAAUAUCACUCGCCUGCCUUUAUUCCCACCUGUUUUCAGCAGCAAUGAAAGAGUCGCCCAACUGCCUUACCUGAUGAGCAAUGCCGUGCCUGCAUCAAACCAACUCAUCAAGCGCUGGAAGCAGUUGCUGCGGUUGGUUACCCAGUGGUCUGAAUGGUCGAAUCAAUUGAAUGUGAUCGUUGGGCCGGUCUUUGAUUACGAUUCCGACACAUUUGCUGAUGAUUAUGAGCUCCUCAAGUUACAUCAGGGAAUCACAGUACCGACUCAUCUGUUCAUGGUGAUCUCCCGAUGUUUGGUAAACGUGAACCACAUUUCGGAAUGUCCUCACACCCACGUGGACACACUGGCCUUCGUUUUCCCCCAGUCUCUCGCUGUGACAAAUUGCUUGAAACCUGAGAGAUUUGCUCAAGAAUUCAUGGCGAAGGUGCAGGACGUGGAGAAAAUCACCGGCCUCGAAUUCUUCUCCAACAUGCGAUACGACGACAGAGUUCGACUUGCUAUAAGAAUGCACUCCAACAUCUGGGGCAAGGAGACCUGGUGGAACAGACUCCGCACUAACUUUUAUGAUAUCGGGAAGUGAGUCUUUGAGGGUGAAAUAGCCCAUUGUUGCUCCAGUAGAGGUUUCUGGAAGACAGUUGCCAGCUUUUGGAUGUUCGUGUCUGACUCUUCUUUUUAACUUUCUGUACCUACCAUGCCUGCAGUAGCAGGUAUCUUCUUUCCCAGUUUCUUUAUUUUCAAACUAAUAAUCCUCACUUUAAGAUAUGACUGCUUAGUCCAUAUCUCAAGUGAAAUUAUAUAUUUCAUGAACAAAGGCGUCUGGCUAUUUUCUCCAAAGAAAAAAUUGAUAGUUGUAUGACUGUCACUGUUACUCCAAGAUUUCAUUAUUCAUACUACAUGGGAAUAAAAUUCUUAUUAUUACUACUAUAUUAUUAUUAUUAUUAUUAUUGUUAUUGCCAUCUCGGCAGUUCCCUAACAUGAGCCAUAAUUCACUUAUGGCAGUUUAUCAGCGAAUGCUGAGGUGGUCGGUUGCUUGUAUCAGAGUUAAAAUAUACAGGGUCUGCUCACGAGGCGGUACUAAAACCUAUGCCCGCCCCUUGUGAAACGUCAUUUGUUACAAAAGGACCAUAUCUUUAUGAAACUAUAUUUACGAUAACAUUUUCAUAUAACUAUUUUUGCGAUGCCGUUUUUUUAUAUAAAUUUUCCUUUUAUUGCAUGUUGCCGUAUACUACGUUAAAGUACAAAGAAUGCUCUUUCAAAUGAUAUAUAGCACAUUACAAUUACGAUUACUUUCAAACCCACAAGCACGCACAGAAAAAAUUAUCUACGCACACAAAAAUGUGCAAUUACUUCAUCCGUCAACCUACAUACAUUCACGUUUCGUAGCGUAUCUGACUAAGGGAUGAUGAUAGAAAGAAACUGAAAAAUGGAUUAGAAAGUUGAUAAAAUUUACGAUAUAAUGCAUAAAUAAAAUUGAUAUGUGUUCUCAGAAAUUUUCGAGGAAUUCUAGGUCAAAGACGGACAACAAUUUUUAAAUUUUAUGUAAAUAUUUACCACAUUUUUCUUACAUAAUUUUUCAUCUUAUUACGUUUUGCCAUAUACCAUGUAAAAUUACAAAGAAUGCCCUUUCAAUUGGUAUAUGACACAUUACAAUUACAAUUAUUUUCAAACCCAUAAUCGCGCACAGAAAAUAUUACCUACGCACGCAAAAAUUAUAAACAAUUAAGCGUUCGUGGGAGAUCUGAAAUCUAGCCCCGCCCCUUGUGAAACGUCAUCAGAUACAUCCAGACAGACUGACGAAUAACUUUUUGUACUUUUUUCGAAAAUAUUAUAAUCGUUUGAGGCAUGCACAAUUAAUACCUUUAUGUAUACAGUUUGUGUUAUAUGUAAACUUAUGUGUUCGGAAGUAUAUUUAUGUGAUAUGAAGUGCUAAUGGGAAAUUUGCUGGAAAUGGGUUCCCUGUAUCAUUUUCUUCAUUAGUUAUUCCUUUGAUACCUUAUAUCGUAUAUGAUGUUAUUCUUAUACUUUUGAUAUUGUUUUCUUUUUUGUGGCCAAGUCGUGCAAAUACAACUGUCAUUUUUAACACUGCCUGUAUCCACAUUUUCUUUGUAUUUAUUGCAUAACAAUAAGUAUUCACAAUAAGAUUUGGAAAAUAUAAUUAAUCUAUCAUUCUAACCUUUAUCAUAAAAAAAGUUGCUUUUUCAAAGUGAGGUAUGAACACAGUGA